CAGUUCCUCCCAUUUUCCAAUAGUUUCCAUGAAGUGCUGGUUCAGGGAAAAUAUUUUUCCUUCCCAACUGCCCAAACGACUUGGACAGGACUUAAACAUACAGAAGGGAAGAUAAAGAAAAAGGCAACCAUGGGGAAGAGAGUAGCCAUCAUUGGAGCUGGCGUUAGUGGAUUGGCCUCCAUCAGAAGCUGUCUGGAAGAGGGGCUGGAGCCCACCUGCUUUGAGAGGAGUGAAGACAUUGGGGGCCUGUGGAAAUUCUCGGACCACACAGAGGAAGGCAGAGCUAGCAUUUACCAGUCUGUCUUUACCAACUCUUCCAAAGAGAUGAUGUGUUUCCCAGACUUCCCAUAUCCUGAUGACUUCCCCAACUUUAUGCACAACAGGAAGCUCCAGGAAUAUAUCACUGCAUUUUGCAAAGAAAAAAACCUCCUGAAAUACAUACAAUUUAAGACACUUGUAUCUGGUAUAAAUAAACGUCCCGAUUUCUCAAUCACCAGCCAAUGGGAUGUUACCACUGAAAGGAACGGUAAAAAAGAAUCAGCUAUCUUUGAUGCUGUAUUGAUUUGUUCUGGACACCAUGUGUACCCCCACCUACCAAAAGAGUCCUUUCCAGGACUAAAACUUUUUAAAGGCAAAUGCUUUCACAGCCGAGAAUAUAAGGAACCAGGAAUAUUCAAGGGGAAGCGAGUCCUGGUGUUGGGCCUGGGGAAUUCAGGCUGUGAUAUUGCCACAGAACUCAGCCACACAGCUGAACAGGUCAUGAUUAGUUCCAGAAGUGGCUCCUGGGUGAUGAGCCGGGUCUGGGAUGAAGGCUAUCCAUGGGACAUGUUGUUUAUCACUCGAUUUGAAACCUUCCUCAAGAACAACUUGCCGACAGCCAUCUCUGACUGGUGGUACAUGAAGCAAAUGAAUGCAAGAUUCAAGCAUGAGAACUAUGGCUUGAUGCCUUUAAACAGAACCCUGAGGAAAGAACCUGUGUUUAAUGAUGAGCUCCCAGCUUGCAUUCUGUGCGGCAUUGUGUCCGUUAAGCCUAAUGUGAGAGAAUUCACUGAGACUUCAGCCAUUUUUGAGGAUGGGACGGUGUUUGAGGGCAUCGAUUGUGUCAUUUUUGCAACAGGCUAUAGUUAUGACUACCCCUUCAUUGAUGAGUCCAUCAUUAAGAACAAAAACAAUGAGGUCACCUUGUUUAAAGGCAUUUUCCCUCCUAAACUGGAGAAACCAACCAUGGCAGUGAUUGGUUUUGUCCAGUCCCUUGGGGCUACCAUUCCCACAGUUGACCUGCAAGCCCGCUGGGCAGUACGAGUAAUAAAAGGAACUUGCACUUUGCCUUCUGUAACAGACAUGAUGGAUGAUAUUGAUAAAAAAAGGGGGAAAAAGCUCAAAUGGUUUGGCACCAGCGAGACUGUACAGACGGAUUAUAUUACUUAUAUGGAUGAACUUGCCUCCUUCAUUGGGGCAAAGCCCCACAUCCCAUGGCUGUUUCUCACAGAUCCCAAAUUGGCUGUGGAGGUUUUCUUUGGCCCUUGCAGCCCAUACCAGUUUAGGCUGGUAGGCCCAGGGAAGUGGCCAGGAGCCAGAAAUGCCAUCCUGACCCAGUGGGACCGGACCCUGAAACCCAUGAAGACAAGAGGUGUCGGGAAACCUCAGAAGCCUUGCUUGCUUUGCCGUUGGGUCAGGCUCUUCGUUCUCCCUGUUAUGUUCAUUGCUGUUUUCUUUGCAUUGAUCUAAUUAUCAUUCCCCCCAGGCUUCUGAAAGUUACUGACAAGAAGGAACUUUUCUAGUUAGAAAUUAAGAAUUUCACACCUCCUACUUUCUUAUUCAGCAGGCACUAGUCAGUAAAACUGUACUAUUUCCAGGCUUUUAAAUAAGCCUCUAUAAGAGUCAUGUGAUAAUCUAAAGGGAGCACUAAUCAUUUCUCUUUAGGUUUCCACUAACAACAUUUCAUCAUCAGAAUUAUGCUCUUCACCUCUAACCUCAACCAUCUCCCAAAACAUUUUGACGUGAUUCCUUUUCUCCUUCAAUCAAGGUUUGAAUUACAUACUUCAAUCUAAACAAAGAGCAAAUUCAGCGGAAUAGUUAUGAUAUUCUCCAGCCACCCCUGCAAACCAUUUGCAGGAGGAUCAAGUAGAGAAUUUGGCUAUUAAUUCUAUUUUUGUUUAUACCAAAUUCCCCAGGCAAUGCAUCCUGAUCCCUGGCCAAAAAUUAUAGCAUGGAGACCUGGUCUAUAAUGAAUUCUAACAAGAAGUAACUUAACAUAUCUAUAUUCUUAAUGAGGACACAAAUUUUCCAACAUGUAGCAGCAAAAUAAUAUCAACAACAAUGAGUAGAACACUAAAUAUACCUUUCUGCUGAAUGAAAUGUCUUAAAAAAAAUAAACAUUUAACCAAAGCCAUGACCAAAAUCAAAUGCUACCUUUAUUACAUGAACUUUUGGGGUAACAGCAUAAAUCUAAAGUUCUAUUUUUAAAAGUAUUAUCACAUUGUAUAGUUAAAAUUUUGAUAGUUAACAUUUUUAAAGCUUGACAUUAUAGAGCAGAUCUGUCCAUGUCAUUAGUCACCAGAGGGCUCUAUAGGUAGUUACAUCACCUAUUUCUUAUUACACUUUCACUUCUGAAGCAGCAAGAUACAUAUAUGAGAAAGGGACAGAAGACCACAUUUUUCUGUAAUACUCUCUUCUUCUUCUUUUUUAAUUCUCUUUAUUUUUUUGUCUUUGGAGCUAAGAUCUAUCAAGGAUGUUGUUCUACACAAUUUUAAAUAUUUCCCUUUCCCUAAUUGUUUAAGGUAGCAAAGUAACAUUCUGCUUUUUAGGUCUUCUCACAAGAUGUGAAAUAUUCCCAAGUGUUCCCAAGUGAAACAGAACUUUUCUUGAAACUCCGUGUCCUCUAUGGAAUCAAAUAAUGAAAAAUUAAUGACAGCCCAUAGAGUUUAUUUUGUUUGAUGUUAUCAAUGCUAGUCCAUAAAAUAAAUUGCAUAUAAAAUUGAUGUAAUCCAGGGGCACCUGGGUGGCUCAGUCAUUAAGCAACUGCCUUAGGCUCAGGUCAUGAUCCCAGGGUCCUGGGAUCGAGCCCCGCAUCAGGC